GUGACGGCUGAAAUUUGGACGAAAAAUAUAUGAACUGUGAUUAUUGUUGAGUAUUCCGUAAAUGUGCGGGUUAUGUUUCAAUGCUUUGAUAAUCCCAUUGGAAACUGUUCAUAAAGUGUUUGUGCCGUGAGUUUGGAUUGAGUACAGUUGAGUGAGUGCAUCUUGUGAUUUUGUGUGUGCCGACGAAUUUAUGAGUGCGACUGUGUGAGAAGAACAUUACUGGGCUUUUAAGAAGGUUGAGAGUGGCGUGGUGACCGGGUCGCGAUGACGACCGACAUAACGGUGUCCCGAUGGGACCCGUCCAUCGGCCACGGGCAAGAGAUCAUCGACGAGUACGAGUAUGACGGCGGCAACUCGUCCUCGAGGCUAUUCGAACGAUCGCGUAUCAAGGCGCUAGCUGACGAACGAGAGAGCGUACAGAAGAAGACUUUCCAAAAAUGGGUGAACUCCCACCUGGUGCGCGUGGGCAACCGCAUCGGCGACCUCUACGUGGACAUGCGGGACGGGAAGAUGCUCAUCAAACUGCUGGAGGUGCUCUCUGGAGAGAGACUGCCUCGUCCGACGAAAGGCAAGAUGCGAAUCCACUGCCUUGAAAAUGUUGACAAAGCGCUGCAGUUCCUUCGCGAGCAGCGCGUGCAUCUCGAGAACAUGGGCUCCCACGACAUCGUCGACGGGAACCCGAGGCUCAGUCUGGGCCUCAUCUGGACCAUCAUCCUGCGGUUCCAGAUCCAAGACAUCACAAUCGAAGAAACCGACAACAAAGAAACCAAGUCAGCCAAGGACGCUCUACUGCUAUGGUGUCAAAUGAAGACCGCUGGCUACAACAAUGUGAAUGUUCGCAACUUCACCACCUCCUGGCGAGAUGGCUUGGCGUUCAACGCCAUCAUUCACAAGCACAGACCGGACCUGAUACAGUUUGAGAAGCUGCACAGAAGCAACCCCAUCCAUAAUUUGAACAAUGCGUUCAAUGUUGCCGAGGAUAAGCUUGGGCUUACCAAACUGUUGGACGCCGAAGACAUCGCUGUCGACCAUCCCGAUGAGAAGUCCAUCAUCACAUACGUAGUGACCUACUACCACUACUUCAGCAAGCUGAAGCAGGAGACGGUGCAGGGCAAGAGGAUCGGCAAGGUCGUCGGCAUCGCCAUGGAGAACGACAAGAUGAUGCAGGAGUACGAGACCCUCACCAGUGACCUCCUGCAAUGGAUCGAGCGCACGAUCGAAGCUCUGGGCGACCGAACGUUCGCGAACUCGCUGGAGGGCGUUCGUCAGCAACUCAUCCAGUUCGCCAACUACCGCACGGUCGAGAAACCACCCAAGUUCGUCGAGAAAGGCAACUUGGAGGUGCUCCUAUUCACUCUACAGUCGCGCAUGCGUGCCGCCAACCAGAAGCCAUACACACCUAAGGAAGGCAAGAUGAUUCACGACAUCAACCGCGCCUGGGAGCGACUCGAGAAAUCCGAGCACGAGCGAGAGCUGGCGCUUAGAGAGGAGCUCAUUAGGCAGGAGAAGCUUGAGCAGUUGGCUGCUAGAUUCAACCGCAAAGCCCAGAUGCGUGAGACCUGGCUCUCGGAGAACCAGCGUCUCGUCAGCCAGGACAACUUCGGCUUCGACCUGGCAGCUGUCGAAGCGGCGGCUAAGAAACAUGAGGCCAUCGAGACCGAUAUCUUCGCUUACGAAGAACGAGUGCAGGCGGUUGUUGCUGUGUGCUCCGAGCUGCAGGCGGAAAGGUACCACGACAUGGAGCGCGUGCAGGCGCGGCGCGACAACGUGCUGCGGCUGUGGGCCUACCUGCUCGAGCUGCUGCGCGCGCGCCGCGCACGCCUCGAGCUGUCUCUCCAGCUGCAGCAGAACUUCCAGGAAAUGCUAUACAUUCUAGACUCCAUGGAAGAAAUCAAGCUGCGUCUCCUCACCGACGACUACGGCAAACAUCUCAUGGGCGUCGAAGAUUUGCUGCAGAAGCACGCCCUCGUCGAAGCCGAUAUCAACGUUCUUGGCGAACGCGUCAAGGUGGUCGUGGGCCAGUCCCAGCGCUUCCUCGAACAGGAGGAAGGCGGAUAUCGGCCGUGCGACCCCGCCAUCACCGUGGAGCGCAUCCAGCAGCUCGAGAACGCCUACGCCGAGCUCGUCCAUCUCGCCGUCGAGCGCAGAAAGCGCCUGGAAGACAGCCGCAAACUGUGGCAGUUCUACUGGGACAUGGCCGACGAGGAGAACUGGAUCAAGGAGAAGGAGCAGAUCGUGUCCGUGGACGACAUCGGCCACGAUCUCACUACUGUGUACCUGCUGAUCUCCAAGCACAAGGCGUUGGAAGCGGAUAUCCAGGCUCACGAACCUCAACUGAUGAGCGUGGCCGGCGUCGGAGACGAACUCGUCUCUCAGGGUCACUUCGGUGCCGAUAGGAUCCAGGAGCGUCUCCGCGACAUCCUGUCUCAAUGGAACCACCUCCUGGACGUGGCUUCCCUCCGCAAGAAUCGCCUGGACGCGGCUGUCCGCUACCACCAACUGUUCGCCGACGCCGACGACAUCGACAACUGGAUGUUGGAUACCCUGCGAUUGGUGUCGUCCGAGGACACGGGCGUGGAUGAGGCCCAGGUGCAGAGCCUGCUGAAGAAACACAAGGACGUCACCGACGAGCUCAAGAACUACGCCAACGUCAUCCAGCAGUUGAAGCAACAGGCCUCGGAGCUGAGCCCCGAAGACGCCAGCAGCGCGGAAGUGCGCGAGCGCCUCGCCGCCAUCGACUCCCGCCACGGCGAGCUCGCCGAGCUGGCGCGUCUGCGCAAGCAGCGCCUGCUCGACGCACUCUCGCUCUUCAAGCUGCUCGCCGAGGCUGACGCGGCCGACCAAUGGAUCGCCGAGAAGGACCGCAUGCUUGACACCAUGCUGCCACCCAAGGACAUUGAUGAUGUCGAGAUCAUGAAGCACAGAUACGAUGGCUUCGACAAGGAGAUGAACGCGAACGCGUCGCGCGUGGCCGUCGUGAACCAGCUCGCGCGGCAGCUCAUCCACGUGGAGCACCCGCAGGCGCCGCGCAUACAGGAGCGCCAGGCCAGGCUCAACGCCGCCUGGAGCCAGCUAAGGGACAAGGCCGAGGGCAAGAAAGACGAGCUCAAGUCCGCCCAAGGAGUGCAGACGUUCCACAUCGAGUGCCGCGAGACUGUCUCCUGGAUCGAGGACAAGAAACGCAUUCUGCAGCAGACCGACAACCUGGAGAUGGAUCUCAACGGUGUGAUGACCCUGCAGCGCCGUCUGUCCGGCAUGGAGCGCGACCUGGCCGCCAUCCAGGCGCGCAUCUCCUCGCUGGAGGGCGAGGCCAACGCCAUCGAGGAGGAGCACCCCGAGGAGGCCGCGCUCAUCCGCGAGCGCGUCACCGUCAUCACCGACAACUGGGACCAGCUCACGCAGAUGUUGAAAGAGCGCGACUCGAAGCUGGAGGAGGCCGGAGAUCUCCACCGGUUCCUGCGCUCCGUGGACCACUUCCAAGCCUGGCUCACCAAGACGCAGACCGACGUCGCUUCGGAAGAUACGCCGUCGAGCUUGGCGGAAGCGGAGAAACUGCUGUCGCAGCACCAGACCAUCAAGGAGGAGAUCGACAACUACAAGGACGAGUACGCCAAGAUGAUGGAGUACGGAGAGAAGAUCACCGCCGAGCCGUCGACACAGGACGACCCGCAGUACAUGUUCCUCCGCGAGCGUCUGAAGGCGCUCCGCGAGGGCUGGGCCGAGCUGCAGCAGAUGUGGGAGAACCGCCAGCAGCUGCUCACGCAGAGCCUCGAGCUGCAGCUGCUGCAGCGCGACGCCAGGCAGGCUGAGGUGCUGCUCACACACCAGGAGCUCAAGUUGGCCAAGACCGAGCCACCCACCAACCUGGAGCAAGCGGAGAACAUGAUCAAGGAGCACGAGGCGUUCCUCACCACCAUGGAGGCCAACGACGACAAGAUCAACUCCGUCGUGCAGUUCGCCAACCGGCUCGUCGAGGAGAAACACUUCGACGCCGACAAGAUCCAGCGCAAGGCCGACAGCAUCGAGCAGCGCCGCGCCGCCAACCGCGACAAGGCCCUCCAGCAGAUGGAGAAGCUCCAGGACCAGCUCCAGCUCCACCAGUUCCUCCAGGACUGCGACGAGCUCGGCGAGUGGGUCCAGGAGAAGAACGUCACCGCCCAAGACGACACAUACCGCUCCGCCAAAACCAUCCACUCCAAAUGGACUCGCCAUCAAGCUUUCGAAGCCGAAAUCGGCGCCAACAAGGAACGCCUCUUCGCCGUUCAGAACGCCGCCGAGGAUCUCAUGAAGCAGAAACCAGAAUUCGCCGAAAUCAUCUCCCCCAAGAUGAGCGAACUCCAGGACCAAUUCGAGAACCUCCAAACCACCACCAAGGACAAGGGCGAGCGCCUCUUCGACGCCAACCGCGAGGUCCUCAUCCACCAGACCUGCGACGACAUCGACUCCUGGAUGAACGAGCUCGAGAAGCAAAUCGAGAACACCGACACCGGCUCUGAUCUGGCAUCUGUGAACAUUCUCAUGCAGAAGCAACAGAUGAUCGAGACUCAGAUGGCCGUGAAGGCUAAGCAGGUUACCGAGCUGGAGACCCAGGCUGAAUACCUUCAAAAGACCGUUCCUGAUAAGAUGGACGAGAUUAAGGAGAAGAAGAAGUUAGUGGAGCACCGUUUCGAGCAGCUAAAAGCUCCUUUGCUGGACCGCCAGCGCCAAUUGGCCAAGAAGAAGGAAGCGUUCCAGUUCCGCCGCGACGUGGAAGACGAGAAUCUCUGGGUGCUCGAGAAGAUGCCUCUAGCCACCAGCACGGACUACGGCAACUCUCUAUUCAACGUGCAGAUGCUGCAGAAAAAGAACCAGUCGCUGAAGACGGAGACGGAGAACCACGAGCCGCGCAUUCUGACCGUUAUCGCGAACGGACAGAAACUCAUCGACGAGGGACACGAGGCUUCGCCUGAGUUUAAAUCUCUCAUUGAAGAACUUACUGCGAGAUGGCGAGAACUUAAAGAUGCCAUCGAACAACGCAAGAACAACCUCGCCCAAUGGGAGAAGGCGCAGCAGUACCUCUUCGACGCCAACGAGGCGGAAGCGUGGAUGAGCGAGCAGGAACUCUACAUGAUGGUCGAGGAUCGCGGCAAGGAUGAGAUCAGCGCGCAGAACCUGAUGAAGAAACACGAGAUCCUCGAGCAGUCUGUGGACGAUUACGCUCAGACUAUCAGGCAGCUAGGAGAAACCGUCAGACAGCUCACUAGCGAGGAACAUCCUUUGAGCGAACAAAUCUCCGUCAAGCAGUCCCAAGUGGACAAACUGUACGCCGGCCUGAAGGACCUAGCCGGCGAGCGCCGCGCCAAGCUCGACGAGGCACUGCGCCUGUUCCAGCUGUCGCGCGAGGUCGACGACCUCGAGCAGUGGAUCACCGAGCGCGAGCUCGUCGCCAGCUCGCAGGAGCUCGGCCAGGACUACGACCACGUCACCCUGCUAUGGGAGCGCUUCAAGGAAUUCGCGCGCGAAACACAAGCUGUGGGGUCAGAGCGCGUGGCCACGGCCGAGCGCAUCGCCGACCAGAUGAUCGGCAUGGGCCACUCCGACAACGCCACCAUCGCGCAGUGGAAGGAGGGACUCAAGGAGACCUGGCAGGAUCUGCUCGAGCUCAUCGAGACGCGCACUCAGAUGCUGAUGGCGUCCCGCGAGCUCCACAAAUACUUCCACGACUGCAAGGAUACCCUUCAGCGAGUGAGCGAGAAAGCACGAGGAGUGAGCGACGAGCUCGGUCGCGACGCGCUCAGCGUGGGAGCACUCCAGCGCAAGCACCACACCUUCAUGCAGGAUCUCACCACUCUGCAGCACCAGGUGGAAGCCAUCAGCGCCGAAUGCGCCCGCCUCGGCGCCUCGUACGCCGGUGACAAAGCCGCCGAGAUCACCCGACGCGAAGCGGAGGUUGCCGAAGCCUGGGCCGCGUUGCAAGCCGCCUGCGCCGCGAGGAAAUCCAAGCUGGAAGAUGCCGAUGACCUGUACCGGUUCCUCAACCAAGUCAGGAACCUCACCUUGUGGAUGGACGAUGUUGUCCGACAGAUGAACACUGGCGAGAAACCGAGGGACGUGAGCGGCGUCGAGCUCCUCAUGAACAACCACCAGUCCCUGAAGGCGGAGAUCGACACGCGCGAGGACAACUUCGGCGCUUGUAUCUCGCUCGGCAAGGAGCUGCUCUCGCGGCAGCACUACGCCGCCGCCGACAUCAAGGACAAGCUACUCCAACUGACCAACCAGCGCAACGCGCUGCUGCGCCGCUGGGAGGAGCGCUGGGAAAACCUGCAGCUCAUUCUGGAAGUGUACCAGUUCGCGCGCGACGCGGCAGUCGCCGAGGCGUGGCUCAUCGCCCAAGAGCCGUACCUCAUGUCCCAAGAGCUGGGGCACACCAUCGACGAGGUGGAGAGCCUCAUCAAGAAACACGAGGCGUUUGAGAAGUCGGCCGCCGCGCAGGAGGACAGGUUCAGCGCGCUGCAGAGACUCACCACGUUCGAGGUGAAGGAGAUGAAGCGCCGCCAAGAGCUCGCCGAGGCGGCGGAGCGCGAGCGGCGCGACCGCGAGCAGGCCGAGGCCGCCGCCGCCGCCGCGCGCGACGCCGUCGACCGCGCCGCCGACCCGGAGCCGCCGCAAGUGUCGCAUGCAGAGCGGGCCGCCACGCCGCCGGCCUCGCCCGCGGCGCCCGCGGGCCCCGCGCCGUCCGGGCCCCCCGCACAGACCCCGCAGAAACAGACCCCCGCUAAACCUGCACGGUCCUCCACGGCGGGAUCGAGCUCGAGCCCGGCCACGCCCUCGAGCUCCGGUAAGGUGAAGUCGCGCUCGCGCAGCAAGUCGCCGUUCCGGAGCUUCCGCUGGAAGACCGCCAAGAAACUGCUCGCUGGGACCCACCAUAGUGACGACGAAGAGGGCGCUAGUCCCGCGAGUGAGGAUGAAGGCGUAGAGGGCAUUCUUGUCCGCAAGCACGAAUGGGAAUCCGCUGCCAAGCGCGCUUCUAACAGAUCAUGGGACAAAGUGUACGUGGUGGCCAAGGAGGGCCGCAUGUCGUUCUACAAGGACCAGAAGGCGUAUAAAUCCGCGCCUGAUCAAUGCUGGCGCGGCGAAGCGCCGCUUGACCUUAACGGAGCAGUUGUAGAGGUUGCAGCCAACUACACUAAGAAGAAGCACGUCUUCCGGCUCAGACUGGGCAUGGGCGCGGAGUUCCUGCUGCAGGCGCACGACGAGGCGGAGAUGUCGUGGUGGCUGGAGGCGCUGCGCGCGCGCACGGCGGCGCCGGCCUCUCGCUCGCACACGCUGCCCGCGCCCAACAAGGACGAGCCCAAGCGCCGCUCCUUCUUCACGCUCAAGAAGAAGUCAGUGUCCGCCCUUUCAUUCAUAUUCUCGCCGUAGCUUGCUCCGCAUGAC